CUGGGUGCUGUGGGAAGUGCUGGCUCCUCGGCUGAAAGGAGGGGAGUUGCAGACAGCAUCGGGACCGCCGGAGAGGCAGAGCCACGCUCGGCAUGGGGCUCCGGCUCCCACUGCGCCGCAGUGCCAGCUUCACCCCUGACCACCCAGCCCUCAUGGAGGUGCCUGGACCCACUGCCCUGAAGGUGGAAGCAAAUGUCCUGGUGAUGGGAGCUGACAACGUAGGGAAAUCAGCUCUGACUGUGCGUUUUCUCACCCGGCGCUUUAUUGGGGAGUAUGGAGACAUGGAAUUCAUCUACAGCCACAACCUGACUGUGGAUGGCCGAGAGAUUCUCCUCCACAUCUGGGAUGUCCCUAAUUCCCAGGAGCAGACAGAGGAGAGCUCCUCAGAGGAGAAGCGAAUCCAGUGGGCAGACAGCUUUGUCCUGGUCUACAGCAUCUGCGACCGUGCCAGCUUCAACAUCCUGCCCCUCAAAAUCCAGUUCAUCAAGGCAACCAAGGAAGGGCAGAGCCAGGAGAAGGUGCCCAUUGUCAUUGUGGGCAACAAACGUGACCUGCACCACCAACGGGUGGUGUCCAGUGAGGAGGGACGGCUCCUGGCCCUCUCUUUAGACUGUGGUUUCUAUGAGGUCUCUGCAGCUGAGGCUUAUCAUGGGGCCCUCAUGGUUUUCCAUGGGCUGGCUGAGCGCAUCCCUGACACCAAACUGGCACUGAAAAAGGGUACAAGGAUUCGUGGCAUUGUCAAGACCAUGUCAGCUGUGUUUGCCCGUAAGCGAACAGACUCCCUCUGAGGUACAGCCUGGGUGUUUCUCUCUGUGCUGCCCAGCUGGACUGAUCCUCCUUCCUGGGUGCCUGUGGAGAUGGUGUGAACUUCUCUAAGUACAGUGGGUUCCUCACUGCCUUCCUAACCUUA